AUGAAUUGAAAUUAUUGGAAUUCCAAAGCAGAACCAAAGGACUUGGAUGAGGAAAUAUUUCUUUGUUAUAAGUGAAACUCAUUUGCUUUGACAAUAGAAGCAAAGUUAGUAUCACCUGACAGCAGAAACAACAACUGUGUGACAUUGGUUUCUCAUAGUGAUACUUAUUGAAGACGAUCAAUAAUCUACAAGGAUUUGUGGAUCAUAAUCACAAUACUCAGGUGACUUUAAAGCACAAUUAUUGGAAUAAGGGUACUUUUCAAUUUUAAAGAACAAUCACAAAGAACACUGAAACUAUUCAAGAGAUGACAGUAAAAAGUUUACUAAGUGACUUUGCAAAAACUACGACUGGCCAUGGCUGGGGAAAUAUUCAUGAAAGAAAAUCUAUGUGUACAAAAGUAGCAUGGUUAAUUUUCUGUAUAGCAAGUACACUUGCCUCUGUGGGCCAUGUCACAUCAAUCAUCUACAGGUACAGUCUCUUUGAGACAAAGGACAGAGUGUUAGUUCAACGCCAAGAUCUUUUAUUUCCCUCAGUGACAAUAUGUCCACUGACCCAGAUGUCUAAACAAGGUAUUUUGGAACUAACUCAAGAUUCCAUCAACGGUGAAGAUACUUAUUUAUCUAUAUUUGCAUUACAAACAUUACUUGCGGAUAUGGUUAAAAUAGAGCAGAAUUCAACAUUGUUAAUGGAGUUAUCCUCAGAAAGACAACAAUUAUAUGAAAAAUUCUUCAGCAGACUGUACACCUAUAAUGGAUUUUAUGAAAAUGUACCAACAGUCACAAAAUAUGGCUAUAAGAAACAUGACUUUAUCUCAUCCUGUAUGUAUCAAGGAAAAUCCUGUUCUGAUGAAGAUGUGCAUUCAGUUAUACAUAGUCAUUAUUACAACUGUUUUACAUUUAAUGACAUCAAUACUACACUUUCUAACCCUUAUAGCAAUACAACUGGCCCAACAGGUGGCCUUUCACUGCAAAUAUUCCUAGAUACAGAUGAAAAUUUAUAUGCCAUAUACAACCCAGAAUACCCAACUUCUGGGAGUCAAGGCGUGAGAGUUGUCGUACAUGAGAAAGGGACACUACCAGAUCCAGAAAAUGAAGGAUUUGAUAUUGAACAGGGCCAUUCAGCUAAUGUAGCAUUGUCUGUUACUCGACGUGAAUUGAUGAAACCACCUUGGGGCGAGUGCACUGAGCACCCUCAAUUAGAUGAAGAUGGGUUCACAUUCAACACACGGGUUUGUCAAAUGAGAUGUCUCCAGAAGAUGGUUUAUAAAUCAUGUGGAUGUAAACGUGGAUCAUUACCAAUGUACCCUGAUAUUGAAAAUGUACAAUUCUGUAACAAAAUUCAAUAUAACGAAUGGUUAGAUAAAAAUCCAAAUAGAACAACACUACUCUACGACAUAGAGAAGCUACAGUGUGGCAUGACAGAAUACAAUUGGGAUGUUGUACUUGACCAGGAUGACUGUCAAUGCCAAGACAACUGCAGCUUCCACACGUAUGACAUGACACUCUCGCAAUCUCAAUGGCCAAAAAAGGGGGUAGAACUUGACUUUUAUUGCCGCAAGAUUAUACACCUCCCAAAUUAUAACAACUCCAGUGUUUAUAAAGCUUUCGAUGACCAAAUAGAACCACUGUGCACAAACAUGUAUUCCAAUGCUACUACAACAAAGUGGAAUGAAAUGAAACAAGAAGUUGGAGAUCGGCUACGAGAAAAUUUUAUCCGCUUAAAUGUGUAUUUUAAGGAUUUAGAGACAAAAAUAAUUAAACAGGAACCUGAUUUUGAACUUGGGUCUAUGAUAUCAGAGAUUGGUGGAAGUCUUGGAAUAUUUAUUGGAGUGUCUAUAAUUACCAUUGCUGAGGUUUUCAUACUUUGCUUAAGCAUUAUAAGGGUAUUAAAAGGAGAGUCAAAAGUCAUGUCAAUACAAGAUCCAAACGGUGUAAAUCAUGAGAAACAGUGGCCAUAAGUAAGCUGGAAAAGCUAAUUUCUGAUGUUGUGUACAUUAUACUUUCAUAAAUGUUGUACUUUAUCCACAAUUUCACAUUAGUUGCAAGGUAUGGAGGGAUAUCAACAAUGUAUAAAAAUGAUGAUUCAACAAUUAAAAUGAUGGCAAUUUUGUAUCAUUGCGAAAAUUUUAGACAUUAUGGAUAUCUUAUAAAAUCAAAGUAGUUGGCUUUAAUAUUUCAAUUCAAAUUGAUUAUACUUUUGGAGGAAUUUGGCCCUUGUGCUUGGAUAUUUAUUUCUGUUGUUGUCAAUGUUGUUAUUUUCUUUGUCCUCUUUUUCUUUCUUUCUCUUUUUAGUUUCUUCUUUCUUGGUCUUCUUACUUCCUGUACUCUUUUCCUUGGUCUUGCUUUAUUUAGGUCUUUAGGCUUGUAAUUACGCAUUAGUGGAUUAAUUGAAAGCUUUUUAUACCAGUAAACCUUCCCUUCCCUUUUGUCUUUAUCCAUGUUUAUUUUUGUUAUUUUUUCUUCCAUAGUUUUACUUCAUUUAGGAAAUAGACAGAUGCACAGACAAGUGGGUGAUAACAAUAGCUCAUCCAUGUUAGCUAACAAUAAUUAUAAGCCUUCGUUUAGAUAUGUUAAAUCGUUAAAAUUGAUUAUUCCAAUUCAUUUUAUUCAAUAAUUUCUUAUUGUAAUAGGCUUCUGACUUUCUUGCAAAGCAUGUUUGAGAUGUCAUUGCAUGUUCUGGUUCAUUUUCGCUGCAAAUAUGCAGGUUUAGUAUUGUGAACAUAAAGUUUUCUAUUUUAUGGUUAUAUUAUUUGGGAGAAUUUAAACAAUUUUUUCCCAUUUCGGAAAUUUAAAUCCUUAAUAACU